AUGGCCGCAUCAACUAAAACCGCACUCCUCAUUAUCGACAUGCAGAACUGCUUUCUCCCCAUGACUACCACUGCCCUUCCAAAUAUCCUCAAGCUGUCGAAGUUCUUCACCCAACAAAACCUCCCGCAAAUCCUAACCCAGCACGGACAUCCGCCCGCCGACUUCACUCCCCCCAUCACCAACCAAGUCGUUAGGAAAUGGGGCGUCGAUGGCUCCAUACAUAGCUCGACUCCAAAGUGGGAACUCAUUCCUGCCAUUGCAGACCUUGUGACUGGAGAUACCCCGGUCAUUGCGAAGAAUACGUACGACAGCUUUAUCAAUACGGGGCUCGAAAAAGAGCUGAAGAAACGGGCCGUUGGUAGAGUUGUUAUUACAGGCGUGAUGACGGAUUGUUGUUGCGAUACCACGGGCAGGGGUGCGUUCAAUCGGGGAUUCGAGACUUGGAUGGUCAGCGAUGCCACGGGAAGUAAGGAGAAGGAACAGCAUGAGCGGGGACUGAAGGCUUGGGCUUUUGGGUAUGGGGAUGUAAUUACCACGGAAGAGGUUAUUGAGAGGCUUUCGUGA